AUGUCUGUCCGCAACGAGCCCGGGCUUUCGCAGAUGAUGGUGGUGCACGGGGGAGAUGGUGUCUUGGAACAGCUGCAAGAGGCUCUUCUCGCCACCCAGCUCUUCGAACGUGUUUUGGGCUCACCCUCAGGGAAUACUGUGGCGUGGGCUACUGGCCUAGAGUCGUCCAGCUCCAAUGACUCCAGUGUUCUGGUUUUCGGACACUUUGCUGGCCGAGCCAAAGUGGCCUGGGAUAGUGUGGAGUUGUUGAAGGGGCUGUCGGAGCAUCCUCGGUGGGGACAUCGCCUCUCCGUACUGCUGGGGCCUGGGGAAGAGAAGCUAGUUCGUUGCAGGCACCGAAACGUCAACGACUGUUUCAACGACUUCAAAGAAACAGACGGUCGAACUGUUCAGCUCCUGACAUGGUUGCGCCAGCGCCCAGUCAUCACAAUCUGGAGCAACAUAUUGCUGGUGCACGGGCAGCUGUCCUUGCCCAUGUUGGACGACAUUGUCAUGGAUGCUUGGAAGAAGAGGCGCGAGAUCGCAUGCGAAGUGCCCGGCUCCGAAUGUGGGCGAGAGGUGGUUGACAUCGCCAACAGCAUGUGCAACCUCUACUUCGCAAGCGUGCACGAGUGCUUCCUGCGUACGCGCGCGACGACCAGCACCUCAACCAAGAUCGUUGACAGCGGCAACGACGCCAUCUGGCGGGACGAGCGCACGAAGUGUGCCUUUCGGCAGAUGCCGCCGUUCGUGCUUCAGCCGGCAGGCCGAGGUCGGCUCCUCGAGGCGUCGGGGUUGAAAGUGUCCGAGGGGGAGUGCAGCGACUGGGCAACCGCCGCCCAACUCCUUGGGCUCCGCGCUUUGGUUGUCGCCUCAACUCCGUCUCGGCCGUGCGCCGAGGCCAAGCCGGUCCUGCCUGGGCCCAGGGGCUGCUCACAGCCCUGCAUCCAUGCCGCGGAUGCGAAGUGCUGCGAGGCGCUGCGUCUUCAGAUGGGGCCCUCGGGCUCUGGACUCUCUGCACAGCGGUGCACCUGGCAGCCCGAGGCACGCCAACAGCCUGCGCUCCAGUGCCAAGACCUUUCCUGA